AUGUCAUAUUUCCCCAAAUAUCUUGGUACGGUCGAUGGUCGGGAGAGUCUACUCUCUUUAUUCAAAUACUCUCACAUGGCUGCGUGGAUACAACCACUACCAGGAAAAUCCUACUCACUGCCUUCUUGUGGCAUUACUGUUGUUUACGAAAUUGAGAGGAUGAAAAAACGAACGUCCAGCGCUUUAACCGAGUUGAUGGAUACGGUGUUAAUAUACAAUAACAGUACUCUUCACACUAUUUCAAUCUAUGAAUGUGAUUUAACUGCGAUUGA